UAUUAAAGAGACAUGACAUGGCGCAGUCACGAACCUAAAUUUAAUUGAUAAAUCAAGUUAUAUGAAUGAAAAUUGAAGCAGAGAAAUUAAAAAUGGACUCAAAUGAAAAACUACGACCUAUGAAAUUAAGUGGAAACCUAGCCGAAAAUUGGAAAAGUUGGAUACAGCGAUUCGAAAUAUAUUCAACAGCAACAGAGUUAGAUGGCAAGGACCAGAAGAUCCAAUGCGCACAAAUGCUUCAUCACAUGGGUGAGGACGCCAUUAACAUUUUCAACAGUUUCACGUUUGCAGAUAACGAGAAAAAUAAAAUUGCCUCCCUCAAGGAAAAGUUCGCAAAUUACUUUGUUCCAAAAACAAAUGUCACGUAUGAACGCUACAAAUUUUUUACUUCGAGACAAAAUGAGGAACCGCUGGAACAAUUCAUCACAAAUCUGAAAAACCAAGCUCAACUAUGCAAUUUGGGUGAAGAGGCAUUAAGGAACGAAUUAAUAAAAACUAUGUUAAUAAUUGGAAUCAAGGACGAAGCUGUCAGGGAAAAACUACUACAAAAGGAAGACUUGACAUUAGACAAGGCCAUUGAAUGUUGUAUCGUAACGGAGAGUUCCCGCCAACAACUUCGAGACAUGAAACAAAAUACAUCGUCACAGUCCCAAGGAGUGAACGAGAUCGACAGCAUUAGAAGGACCACAAGAACAAUGGAAUCAAACUCACGUGCCAAUAAGGAGACGAAGUCACGGUUUGAUAACAAAGACCAAUUUAAAAAAGUAAGUAAUUGUACAAGAUGUGGUAAAAAUCACUCAAUUAAUAACUGUUCUGCUUAUGGUGCCUUAUGCAAUAAUUGCAAAAAACCAAAUCAUUUUGCAAAUGUCUGUAAAUAUAAAUCACAUAGAAAUAGGAAAAUAAAUGAAAUUGUUGAUCAUGAUAAUUACGAACAAAGUCUGUUGAUAAAUGAAAUUAGUAACAAUUCAAAAAUUAAUAAUUGUACUAUAGAACUGAUUGUAAAUAACAAAGUCAAUGUGUUUGUCAAUUUUAAAGUGGACACUGGUGCUAAUGCAAACAUAAUUUCACUAGACCAAUUGAAAAGUAUUGAAUUUAAUGAAAAAAGCAUUCAAAGAUCGCAUGAAAUUUUAUUAACUUUUACAGGUCAGAAAAUUCCGAUUGUAGGUAAAUGCUAUUUACAUCUUAGACUAAAAGACAAAUUAAUUAAAAAUGUUGAAUUCCAUAUUCACAAAGGCAAUGGGUCGAUUAUUGGUAUAAACGCUUGUGUUGAGUUAGACAUAAUCAAAUUUCACGAGGAGGUUAAAUUAAAAGAAAUUUAUGCCAUAAAUAAAAAUUGUAAUUCAGGAUACGAAAAGCUAAUUAACGAUAAUUCAAAUUUAUUUAAAGGAAUAGGGAAAGUAGGGAUACCCUACCACAUUGAACUAAAUGAAAAUGCAAUGCCAGUUGUUAAGCCUAUCAGAAAUGUACCUUUUGCGAUUCAAGAACAAUUUAAAAAACACUUGAACGAAUUGUUAAAUUUAAAAAUAAUCGAACGAGUUGAAGGAAGUUCUGAGUGGGUAAAUUCCUACGUCAUUGUAAGGAAAAAUAACGGUUCUCUACGAAUUUGCCUUGAUCCAAAAAACUUAAAUGAGUCCAUCAAAGAUUCAAAAUAUAAAUUAACAAGUUUAGACGACAUAAUUUCAAACAUUAAUGGUUCCACAGUUUUUACACUAUUAGAUGCUACAAGUGGUUUUUGGAAUAUACCUCUUGAUAAGGAGUCAAGUAAACUAUGCACAUUUGCAACGCCUUUUGGCAGGUACAAGUUUUUAAGAAUGCCUUUCGGUAUAAAAACCGCUAGUGAAGUAUUUCAGGAACGAUUCCAAGAAAUAUUCGCGGACAACGGAGUGCAGGUAUACAUUGAUGAUAUUUUAGUGCAUGGUAAAGACAAACAGGAACAUGACGAGCGUCUAAAAAACGUGUUCAGAAAAGCACAUGAGCAAAAUGUAAAAUUUAACUUAAAUUCAUAG